GUGGUCGCAGGCAGUGGACGCAGAUUCGGUGAGGGAGGAGAUAGUCCGAAGUGCAUUGAGGCGAAGCCCCGUGAACGCGGUAGCUUACGGGCAAAUUGGCUCUCGUUGGACGAGACGGCUGAAGCGAUUGCGAAGCGAAGGCUACGGCGCGAUGUUUAGUCAGCGAUGCUAAGAGCGUAUUGAUAUGCAUUUGGAGGCGUGAAUUUGCAAGGUUUCGUGUUCCGCUGGCGGCUUUUGUCUUCGCCUCAAGUGCACUGGGUCGGUAGGUUUGGAGGAAUUGGUGGUGAUCGAAGCUUGGUUUGCUGGAGGUAUGUGUGAGUCUUCGUUGAUGUGGUUACCUAGUGGAACAGCUCUCGAGAUUUUUGAUGCAGGUGUUGGCUUUUCGUGAGGGAAAGUUGGUGGUGUGCAGUUGUUUUUUGUGCUUCGUUUCGUAUUUUGUGAUUUGGUAUAGAUUGAUGUGGAGUCUGCGCGAUUGUCUCUGUGGUGGAGUAGGUGGAGAGUUUGAAAGUCAGUCUUAGUGUCGGUCUGUCAGAAACCGCGUUUAAUUCCGUUGUAUGUGUCGAAAAAUGCGAAUUUUCUGUAAUCGUGGUAGGAUGUUUUCAAGUAGAUGUAUGAGAAUCUUGUACUUAUACUGUGGUGCUCUCGUUAUGUCAGAAUCUGACUCAAGAAAGUGUAAUCAGGGUGUAGUGGAGCAGAAUGGGGUGUAGUAAUUAUCUCACCGGGUUUCUGAAUCUUGCAACGCUCGUUUUGUCUAUACCGAUUAUCGUCUUUGGAGUAUGGCUCUCGAAGACACAAGAUACAGUUUGUGUGCGCUUCUUGCAGUAUCCAAUCAUAGCCAUCGGAGUGUUUAUACUGCUGAUGUCGCUGGCUGGAAUGAUAGGCGCCUUUUGUGACAAGAAAAUUCUCCUGUUGCUCUACCUCAUCGUUAUGUUCCUCCUAAUUGUCCUUCUCUUCUGUUUCACUGUCUUCGCAUUCGUGGUAACCCAUUCUGGGGCUGGAAAUGUGGUCUCCGGUAAAGGCUACAAGGAAUACCGACUCGGUGAUUAUUCCAAUUGGUUACAAAGAAAGGUGAACGAUACUGCGUAUUGGAGUAAGAUUGAAAGCUGUAUAGCCGAUUCUAAGGUGUGUAAUAAUUUGGCUACCAAGUACACUUCCGUGGAUGCUUUCAACAAAGCAGCUCUCACCCCUCUCGAGUCUGGGUGCUGCAAGCCACCCUCGGACUGCAACUUCAUCUUCGGCAAGAAUGCAACAGAUUGGGUGGGAACUGGUUCCGCGGCCCCAGACACUGACUGUCGCAGUUGGAACAGUCAAGAUUUGUGUCUGAAGUGUAACGCAUGCAAGGCCGGGGUGUUGCAAAAUGUUAAGUCGAACUGGCGGAGAGUUGCCAUCGUCAACAUCAUUGUGCUAGUUAUUCUCAUCUUCGUUUAUUCCUGCGGAUGUUGCGCGUAUAGGAACCCAGAAAGGGUUGGCUAUCGCAAAUCUUACGCGUAAGUUCAAGAGCAAUCAACUGCAUAAUGAAAUAUCCUCGAGGCAAAUGAAAUACUUCAAGGAUUGUGCACAGCUCAUUUUGCCAACCCAGUUUAUGUAAAGUACACUGAGCGUAGAUUGAUCGGAUUGGAUCAUUCUGGAUUGGCUCCGGAUUUCUGCAACCUUGAUGCACAUUCUCCUGGUGGUCUCUCCAAAUUAGUUGGCUGUAUUGUCAACUGCAAGACCGCUAUUGAGAAGCUAGUUGUGAAUACCGCAGAGUGCCGGUGAGGAUGUACAAAACCUGGUGAAGUGGCCUUUGGGGAAGAAUCAAAUUGUUCAUAAUUUCAUUGUGCAAAUCGGAUGUCUAGAAACAACCUGAUUGCAACUUAAGUACUUCAGCAACAUGCUGUUUUGCAAAGUUCAGAACAUUCAUUCACUUGAAACUGUGGCGGUCGGCCAUUAUCGGUUUCCAUCAA